UCUCACCGCCCCCGAAGAAAGGAAGAAGCAAGUCAAGGAUGGUGCGGAGUCCGAAGAUUGUUCCAAUGCUCCAAGUGACAGUUGCUCGCUAGACGACUUGCUCCUCUUGCGCGGAGAGCAAACAGAGCAAGGUCAUUCGUCUCGACUUGAAGAACUCGAGGAGCUUUUAAAUGCAACGCUGCUUGAUCUAUGAGAAAAGCAUGGCAGGCGAGACGAAGAACGGCGGCGCUUCUGCGAGCGGCUGGAAAGAGCACAGCCGCACAAAGUUGCUGGUCGGGGUGGACCUUUUCUGCCUCUUCUUGGCCGGCCUGCCUUUCUUGGUCAUUGAGACCAGCGCUGUUCAGCCUUACCGUAGAGGGUUUUACUGCCACGAUGAGUCCAUCAAGUACCCGGCCAAAAAUGGAGACACCAUUAGCGAUGGUGUGCUUAGCGCUGCUGGCAUUCUUAUCACCAUCCUCUCUAUCGUCAUUGGAGAGAGCUACAGGAUCUACUUCCUCAACGAAGGAUCGAAAUCAUUUGUGGGGAAUCCCUACAUUUCCGCCCUGUACAAGCAGGUGGGCGUGUUCGUUUUCGGCUGCGCUAUCAGUCAGUCUUUCACCGACAUCGCCAAAGUGUCGGUGGGCCGCCUGCGUCCCCAUUUUCUCGACGUGUGCAAGCCCGACUUCACCACUAUCAACUGUUCCCUGGGCUACAUCGCCGACUACCAGUGUCAGGGGCCCGAGAGCCGAGUCCAGGAGGCCAGGAAGUCGUUUUUCUCUGGACACGCUUCCUUCUCCAUGUACACCAUGCUUUAUCUGGUGUUUUACCUGCAGUCUCGUUUCACCUGGCACGGAGCCCGAUUGCUGCGCCCGCUGACCCAGUUCACCCUCGUCAUGAUGUCCUUCUACACGGGCUUGUCCCGCGUCUCGGAUCACAAGCAUCACCCCACUGAUGUCCUGGCGGGUUUCCUUCAGGGUGCGCUGGUGGCCUACUGCAUUGCGUUCUUUGUAUCAGACUUGUUCAAGGCCAAAGGGAGACGUUGCGCCUUAUCGUCGACUCCCGUGAAAAAAGAGCUCGUUCCUCCGGCGGACAUCAGAGAGAGGAGCAAUCAUCUCAUCAUGGCGUAGCAUGCACUGCAAACUGGCCAUGUAGAAAUCACGACCACAGACACUGGCCCAACAAACUGCGACUGAAUGAACUCCGAGCGUGGAGGGAGCAGACAAAUUAGACAUCUUGGAAGGUUUCCAAAGAUGAGGAAAGGCUGCGUUAGAAAAAAAAAACAAAAAACAACGUUAAAAAGUGCGGAAACGCGCGUGUGUUUCCUGGGUCUCGCUCCAAAAUUCCACGUCGCAAGCGAGAAGACUGUUCGGCCUCCUGGCUCGCGACGGCCACGAGCGCAGCUGACGAAGAGCAGCUGCGUCCAGCGGGGGCGCAAUUAUCCUGCCGCCCGCUCGCCGUGUGGCUCGUGCAAAUGUAAAAACAAAUUCCUUGACUGGAGGAAGGAUGAUGUAUCACUUUCUUUUCUUCUCAUCUUUUUUAUUGUCGAUAUACUAAUUGUAAAGGAAUGUUUGACUUCAAGCACUAUUUUAGCUCAACUCAUUAUUGGCUGUUACCACUUGUGAAGCUUUUGCAAAGCUUUGUAAGCAUUGUUGUAUGUAAUGUUGAUUCAAAAGUGCACAUGGGUUGCAGUAGGCGAAAAGUAUGCAACGCUGUUGUGAUGUGCUUGCAUGUUAGACGUGGGCCUCGUUCUGCUGGUUUGGACGAUGCCCCACUGAGCCAUUUAAUGAAAUGACUGUCACUUACGUGAACCAGACGUGUGUGUGUGUGUGUGUGUGUGUGUGUGUGUGAGUUUGGGUGGAUGUACAUGCUUCUGUCUCCAUGUGGUGUCUAUUUGGGUCAUUUACAUAUAUUUUGAUCAAUAACAGUUAAGAAAAAUCUAUUUUAGCUGUUGUUGUUUUUUUUUGUUUUUUUUCCUAGUCCUAAGUCCUAUUUUCCAAAAAUUGUUGAAAAAAUGUCAUUAGCAUCUUCAGGGGGAAAAAAAAAUCAUCAAAGUUCAUUUGGGACACCUAAUGGGAUCAACAUUUUGGCAUUAAGCAUUUGAAGAAUAUUUAAAAUAUGUUUUUCUUGGAAACAAUUAUGACCUUUUGAUGGGUAACAACUGUCAAUAAUUCAAAUACUCAUAUCAGUAAAAUGAAUUGAUUUUCAAAAGGAAAUUCGGAGGGCUUUACCGUCUUUCCUGUUAUUGAUCAAAUGCUAAUAAAAUGACCCAAAUGUAUUUUAGCGUUUGGAGCCUUCCAAUGUGCGACCAGAGACGGAACACCUGCCGGUGGAGACGAAAACUGUAGAAAACAAGCGUAAUAUGGACCAAACUCUUGCUAAUCCAAGUGAUGAUUCACAUUGCUGGUAAAAUCCUGUGACGACAUACUGUAUCUGACACGGGCCUUAUGUACUUACUGUUUUGAAGAACAAAAGGUACCAAAGCACAAAUUGACAAAACAGAAACCUUUGAACGGAUUUGGCACAUUGUAAAGCACCUUGUAAAGCGUUUCAGCUCGUGAGUUUUUACACAUUUCAAUAAGUUUACAUGCUCUUUUUGAUAGAAAAUAAUACUCUGAACCACUCACUGUAAGCUUCAUCUUAGUUCACGUGUGAAGAGCCAUUUCCUUUCACAAUUGUCUUGAAAACAUAUCUCGCAGAAGUACUAGGGCCCGAUCGAUAUUAAUUUUUUGAGGCCGAUAAUUCCGAUAACCGAUUAAUCGGAAAAACUUUUUAUUUUUUACACACUUAGUGCUCUCAACAAUAAAGACAUGAAUUACAGGCAGAACAAUACUUUGUCUUUACUUUUGCAACAGAGAGUUGCAGAUUUUUGUUCAUUUGAAUGUAUUUAUCUUUCUCUUAUUUUGUAAAGGUGUUUUUUUUUUUAAAUCGGGCAAUUUUUUUUUUUUGCUGAUAUGAAAAGGGCUCAUAUUAACCGGUCGGGCCCUAGUAUAUACAGUGCAUUACUACACAUUGUAUCAUAUGUGUGUCUCUUGUGGAAACGCCCACUAGGACUUUGUGUCUGCACCUGUGUAAAUGUUCGACAUGCUGCUUGAGGAGGCGACCGUCAUUGUGAAUAUUGAGGGCUACAAAAAACAAACAAACAAAAAAAAGCUUCAGUACAUUUCUGUUUAAAGUGCCUUUCAGUAUUUUUGUACUGCCAAUGUUGAAAUGUUGACACUGAAGGAUGUAAAAGUGUCUUGAAUAAAACUCAAAGCUCAAAA